GUCGCCAUAACGUGAAAAUCAUCAGCAGCUCCUUUCUGUAAUUUAUGCAGUACAAAAAAACCAUUCUGACCAACAAAAUUACAAGUGUUUAGUGUGCGAAAAAAACAGUGAAAAACAGAGCAAAAAACACAAAAUGGGUGACGCAGAACUACUAAAUAUCGACAGUAUAAUCGCCAGGUUAUUGGAAGUCCGAGGAGCCCGACCAGGAAAGAACGUUCAACUGACAGAAGCCGAAAUUCGCGGAUUAUGCCUGAAAUCGCGUGAAAUUUUCUUAUCACAGCCGAUCCUCCUUGAGUUGGAAGCACCCUUGAAAAUUUGUGGUGACAUCCAUGGACAGUAUUAUGACUUGCUCCGAUUAUUUGAGUAUGGUGCAUUUCCGCCAGAGUCAAAUUAUCUCUUCUUGGGCGACUAUGUUGAUCGUGGCAAACAAUCGCUGGAAACAAUUUGCUUACUCCUUGCCUACAAAAUCAAAUAUCCAGAGAACUUUUUCUUGCUUAGAGGGAACCACGAGUGUGCAAGCAUCAACAGAAUCUACGGCUUCUACGAGGAAUGCAAACGAAGAUACACCAUCAAACUAUGGAAAACAUUUACUGAUUGUUUCAACUGCUUGCCAGUUGCUGCCAUUGUUGACGAGAAGAUUUUCUGCUGUCACGGCGGCCUGAGUCCCGAUUUACACUCAAUGGAACAAAUUAGACGUAUCAUGAGACCAACAGACGUACCAGAUCAGGGUUUGUUAUGUGACUUAUUGUGGUCCGAUCCCGACAAAGACACAAAUGGCUGGGGCGAGAACGAUCGUGGCGUAAGUUUCACAUUCGGCAUUGAGGUUGUUGGCAAAUUUUUGGAAAAACACGACUUUGACUUGAUCUGUCGGGCCCAUCAAGUUGUCGAGGACGGCUAUGAGUUCUUUGCUAAACGACAAUUGGUCACACUUUUCUCAGCGCCAAACUACUGUGGUGAAUUUGACAAUGCCGGCGCAAUGAUGUCGGUCGAUGAUACAUUGAUGUGCUCAUUUCAAAUAUUGAAGCCGGCUGAUAAACAAAGUUUCUUCGGGAAAAGCAGCAAUAACAAUAAUAAUAAUAAAAAGGAUAAGAAAGAUCUGUUCAAAAAGUUUAAGGAUACGCCCGAGCACUCAAGCAAAAAGUGAGAAAAUUGAGCUAAGCGACAGAGAAUUGGCAAAAAAAAAAUGGACUUUAAUCUGAUCUGACUUGAUGAUUUGAUGUAGAAUUGAAUUAUUUUAUUAUUUUGUGAAACAUUAAUGGACAUUUAAAAUAUGCUAAAGUUGAUAUUAU